AUGGACGGUGCCCCUGAUGGGAACGGCAAUAUUGACAUUCGCGUCGAAGACAACAAUGGCGGCCACGAUCUCGUCGGCGGCGACAACGGCAACCAACAAGAAGCUGCGCACGCAGCGCCUGUGCAGUUCUACCAACCGGACGAGGAUGUGGUUGCCAUGGUUAACUCUCUAGCCGCCUCCCCCGAGAUCGCCGCUGAAGUCAUCCACUCCUUGGGGAGCAAUGGCCUGACUUCCCCGCAGCUGGUCGGCUCGUUGUCCUCGACUUCCAUGACAAGG